AUGAUGUACUCGCCGGAUAAAAUGAUGGGAAGUAAGGGACUCCACGGGGCACCGAUUGCUGCUCCGGGAUGCUUUCCUUCCGGAAGGUACUCGCCACCGUCGUAUCGCACGGGCCCUGAUCCAAUGGCGCCACCGCCACGACGAUGCAUGCCCAAUCCUACGAGUCGAAUAUUGGAGGAUGCGUCCAUUAUGUGUAAUUCCUGGUCACCAAGGCAUAAUGGUGACAUAUUCGGAGGUCUAAACAGUGGUUUGCAAGAUGGCCUGCUUUCUAGGGCGGAGGCCUUGGCAGCGGACUUAGGAAAACACAAUGGGGGCUCGCCGAUGCCCUUAAAACAUGACCCCGUCUCUGUAUAUCAUCACGGAGCCCACAUGCCAACCCCUCAUCCCAAUAAUCGGCCACAUCAUCAGGUACAAUCACACCUCUUUAUGAGUCAUCCUGGAAUGGAGAGUCUGGACAUGCUGGACCCAGCCAACUCGAUGACGACCUUAACCCCGAUGUCGGACAGCUCAGGUGGUGGAGGGGGAGGCGGCGGUGGACAUCACGGUGGAAUCCACGGACCAUCAGUUUACGGCGGUAUGAACGGAAUGAUGAGCCAUCAUCAUCACCAUAGCAACAUUGGCGGCAGCGUACCUCAUCCCCAUCACCAUCCGGCGAUGGCUGCAGCCGCCGCGGCUGCAGCAGCGGCCGGACUCCACCCAGACGCGGAUACAGAUCCGCGGGAACUUGAAGCCUUUGCAGAAAGGUUCAAACAAAGGCGCAUUAAACUUGGAGUUACGCAAGCAGAUGUUGGAAAAGCAUUAGCAAACUUAAAGCUUCCUGGAGUUGGGGCCCUAUCCCAAUCAACGAUAUGCCGUUUUGAAUCUCUCACACUCUCCCACAAUAACAUGAUUGCCCUCAAGCCUAUUCUUCAAGCCUGGCUUGAAGAAGCUGAGGCUCAGGCGAAAAAUAAACGUAGAGAUCCAGACGCUCCGUCGGUUCUGCCAGCUGGUGAGAAAAAACGCAAGAGGACCAGUAUUGCUGCCCCGGAGAAGAGGUCUCUGGAGGCAUACUUCGCUGUGCAGCCGAGACCCUCCGGGGAAAAAAUAGCGGCGAUUGCUGAAAAGUUGGAUCUAAAGAAAAACGUGGUGAGGGUCUGGUUUUGCAAUCAGCGACAAAAGCAAAAGCGCAUGAAAUUCGCGGCUCAACAUUGA